AUGACGGAUGUACAAAUACAAAAUCAAACUAGUUUGAAUACUAGUAAAAAAGAGUUUGAGAGUAGAUAUGAUGAAAGGGGGCUUAGAAUUUUAUGUGUAAAGAACAUUUCAAAGGAGACUAAAGAAAGUGAACUGUUGGACUUAUUUCAAAAAUUUGGUUCCAUCGAAAGUAUAAGUCUUAAAGUGAACACAAGUAUCGGACCCUAUGCCAUUUAUGCCCACGUUCUGUUUAGCGCUCCCGAGGAGGCUAAAAGAUGUCUAAAGCAAAUGAACGGGAAGUUUCUAAAUGGAAGAGCUUUGCGAAUUUAUUUCGAAAGGUACAACAACAACAACAAUAAUAACAACACCAAUAACAACAACAAAGUAAAUGACGUUAACGAUGAGGACGAAAGUGGCGUUUCUAAUAACUACCCAUACCUGGACGGGAACAAUAACAGUAGCAACAAUAAUGGCAGCCACAAUGCAAACAUGGCUGGCGCCGCUAACGGCAACAAGUUCAACCGAAAUAUUAAUCGAAAUAACCAGUUCUACAACAAGAGAUAUCCAAGCAAUAGCAAGCGCACCGUGAGAAAUGAUGGCAUCCUAAAUAAUGAUAGCGUUAAUCCGUACGACCCGGGGGCGACCGGUUUUAGGGAAUACGAGCAUGUAAACAAGCGGUUACGCACGGUCGAAAGCAACUCCAUGGAUAACGUCAAUUUUGGUAGCGGCAGCAGUUUGCUCGGCCAUCCCAAUGUAAACGGCAACGACAUGGAGAUUAGCAAAUUGAUGAAGACGUACGAAGAAAAUAAAAUGUUAAAUAAUCCACCUGGGGAUGGAAAAAAUAGGCAAAUGGAAGAAAUGUUACAGUUCGGAAAUAAGGAUGGCAUGAAUAAACCCCCCAGGGUAAAACUAUACUUGUGUGUCCAUUUGAGGAAGUGCGCCCAGCAUGUCUUUAACAGGCCCGCCGUAGACAUCAGUACGGCAAGUAAUGCAAUGAGCAGCACGCCUAGUAGUAAUAUCCCUAGUAACGAAUUCAAGGGGAAUACCCACAUGAACAUGAAUGCAAGUGCCACCAACCCUGCUGCACCAAUGUACCCCUCCGGGCAGAAUAACCCUAUAACGGGGGGGAUGAAUUCCUCAACGUUGAAGGAACCUAGUAAGAACUACAUGCCGAACAAUGGGAUUGCAAACAAGGAAGGGCAGCUCCACGGUAAUGAUAAACUGCAACCCCCCUUGCAUAGCGGUGGGUGCGCCCUCCCCAACAUGGGAUUGAACAAUCCCACUAGCAGUGUGAAGUACGCCCUGUGGAAGGGAACGGUCGAAAUGAAGAACAAAGAAAAUCUGAGCGUCAUCGGAUAUGCCCUAAAUGGGAACGUAAAAAAUUUCCUGAACAGUAACAUUUCCAGCAUAGUCAUAAGUCACAGAAAAAAAAUGAAAACACUUCCCAAAAUAGAAGCCACGUAUUAUUUCCAAAUAGAGAAUAAAGAAGACGAAAAUAUUUUGGAUGCCUAUAGAGACUAUUUUAAUAGUAAGGAUAGGGUUGGGUUGUCCUCCACAAGUGACGAUUGGCAUAUGUACCUUAUCUUCCCAGGAUGUCCCAUUUUUAAGGAGUUCUGUAACUCCGUUGGAGGUAUAAACAGCUCAAACAAUUUCAAUAAUAUUUUCCUGGGGGUUGUGUGUUAUAAUCCACAAGUUUCCGAAAAAAAAAAUGGUGUACCAAUGUUGGGGACGCAACCUCAAGAUGGUGGUGUGGCUACCCAAGAUAACACAGCUGCCAAUUUUAAUCAACAACAAUCUCCCAUGACAAAUGUCAACCGAAACAAUUACAGUAACGUUCACGGCGACUUUGCUAAGCAAGGGGGAGGUGGCCCAAACAACGCAGUGAGUAAUAAUUUCCCUCAUCACAGUAACACGUUCAAUAACGCGCAAGGCGUAGCAGUCCAGAAUAAUUCUACCACCCAACUGAACCGGGAGAAUGACCCCUCAUCCAAUGAGUCAAGCGAACCAACUGGAAAGGAAGAAAACAAAAAUGAAGUCCCCAAUUGGCUCAAUCAGUUUAGUUCAUUAGCAGCAUAUCUUGUCAAAAAAUAG